CGCGCCUGCCCGUUUCGUGUCGCGCGCAUCAUCCCAGCGUCGCGCCCGCUGUGACUUUAAGGGCGAUUUUCAUGUUAACGUAUAUAAAUAAAUAACACAUUCUUCCGGUGCCCUAUAACAAACAGCAAACACAGUGUGUCAAAGGACAAGGCCAGGAGGGGAUCUACGCCCAAAAAACCACCGUUUAUUUCCCAGCAUCAUGGUGAAGAUCAGCUUUCAACCCAUCACGGGACAAAAAGCCGAGAAAGAUGAUAGUGAUGGAGACAAGACGCAAAUAUUCAUCCAGCAUCCCCCAAACUUACCACACGUUGAAGAGGAACUGGUCCUGCCUGUGGGACGGAAACGCUCAUCUCUGAGUGGACUCUGCUGUCUGACAACAGCACUCAUUGUCUUUACCUGCAGUCUGAUAUAUGCUUCAAUAUAUAUCUACCGAUAUUACAUCAUUCCUCAGGUUCCGGAUCAAAGUCGCUUCCACUGCCGUGUGGUGUAUGAGGACUCUGUGUCUGCUCCGCUGCGAGGGUCUCAUGAGAUGGAGGAGAGCGUGGGGAUUUACUUGAAAGAAAAUUAUGAGCAAAUCAGUGUGCCUGUGCCUGACUUCUACAACACAGACCCUGCUGAUAUCAUUCAUGAUUUCCACAGGGGUCUGACAGCCUACCAUGACAUCGCUUUAAAUAAGUGUUAUGUCACUGAGCUCAACACCACUGUGGUUAUGCCACCUCGUAACCUCUGGGAACUGCUUAUAAACGUCAAGAAAGGGACUUAUUUGCCACAGACAUACAUUGUCCAAGAAGAGAUGGUUGUGACUGGUCGUGUUAAUAACAUGCACCAGCUCGGACGUUUUAUCUAUCGUUUGUGCAAUGGUAAAGACACGUACAGGCUCCGCCGUCGCACCUCACGCCGUCGUAUCUCCAAGCGUGAUGCACAGAACUGUCACCGUAUACGUCACUUCGAGAACACGUUUGUGGUGGAGACGGUGAUUUGUGACAACCCAUAGGCUGCCUGACCCUUUGCCCCUUCCCAUUCCUGAUGAGAUCACAUUGUUGGUCUGAGUAGCCACUCCCCUUUGACACUCUUGUCAUUAAAUCACAGUCAUUCUCUCUCUUUCUUUUUAAUGUCUCUCCGUAAUCUGUUAUUCACAAGAUGUGUUCUCUAACGCUGUCUAUCACCGCUGUUUUUGCAAAUUGGCAAAAAUAAUCACACAAAUAACGCUUUUUACACAGUGCACUUAUCACAGUAGCAUCAUGAAGUCUUAAAGCUAAAGUGAGUCACUAUUUGCAUCACUAGCAGACAAUGUGAAAAUAGUGUUUGUUUCGAAACCAUUGGUUGAGAAAACCUCAAAAUACCACCAUCAAACUCGCAACAUUGUUUGGGCUGAUGUUGUAAUGUAAAGUUGCUCAAACAAAUGUCAUUUGGUGUCACUAGUGGUACAGAAAGGACACAGAUAAAAUACAUAAUAUCAUUUUUUUCGAAGUUGAUAAAAGUGUGAGGCAAAUGCGCACAAUUUCAAAGAGAAACCAAGCUGAAAAACUCGGAAUAUUUGACAUAAAGAAAAGACGGAAGUGUGUAUGUGAAGGUUCAUUUUAAUCGCAUGCAUUUUAUGUGAGAAGGCAGGGAAGUUUCUUUUUAAAGAACUUCCUUUAGCGCUGUGAAAUAUCUUUGCACAUUGUCAUUGUAGGGCGUGUUAACAAGUGUCAGCAGCUUUCGGGAUUAGCCAGUGUUGCAUUGCAAAACUUGCAUAACUACUGUUUUACGCAGCGUUCAGAUUAUAUCAAUGGGUUCCCCUAGCUAAGCCUCACCUCUUCGGUCAUUAUAAGGUCGCCGGGAUUGCACAAAGUAAGAUGUUAUCCUGGAUCAAUAUUUAUUAUUUAAGAAAUCUUUUGGAUUAGUUUAUUGUGAAAUAAUGGACAGUAUCGCUUUGUGGCAGAAUUUUAAAUAUUUUAAUUUUAAAUAAAAACCAGGGGGCCCCUUAUUUAUAUUUUUGUGCUUUAUUGGGGGUCCCUCCAUGCUCAUAGGAGGUCUGGGACCACCCCACUCCCCCCUCAAUUCGAACAUUAGUUUUACACCUAUACAGUCUACUUUAAAAACAUAUUAAACAAUACGAGAGCCUAGGUGUGAUUAACUGAAGUAAAGUUAUACUAUUAAUACCAAAUAGCAUUUUGGCGAGCAUGUCCAGAAUUUUUGGUUUAGCUUUGGUGCAUCGCUUCUCAUGGAUACUAUAAUUGAUCUUAAUGCUAAUUAAAAUGUCUGGUAAUGAAUCACAUUCAUGGUUACAUUUAUCAUACUUGUGCGCUCACUCACUUUCCUCCGUACCCUGUACUCGGUCUGCAAUGUCAUUUCAGUGCCCGCUUCCUGUGCAACUUCCCCUUUCAAUCUCUCUCACUUCUUUCUCUCUUUCUCUCUCUCUGCAUGCUUUUCAAGAGAGCACAUGCACAUGCAUUUGAGUAUUUUCUUAUGAGCGAAGCCUUAGGCCAGACUCAUGCCCUGGACUAAAGUAGCCUAUACUAUCUCAAAAGCUCUCUGUGUUUCCGUGUGUGUGUUAAAGUUCACAAACCUUGUCAAGUUUGGUAAAGCAAACAUGUAAAUAAACUUGUGUCAUGAA